GAGAGAGACCGAGAGAUGGAGAUGGAGAGAGAGAGAGAGAGAGAGAGAGAGAGAGAGAGAAUGGCAUUUGCAGGAACAACCCAGAAGUGCAUGGCCUGUGAGAAGACAGUCUAUCUGGUGGACAAGCUCACGGCCGACAAUAGAAUCUACCACAAGGCCUGCUUCAGAUGCCACCAUUGCAGAGGGACUCUCAAGCUUGGGAACUACAAUUCAUUCGAAGGAGUCUUGUACUGCCGGCCGCAUUUCGAUCAGCUCUUCAAGAGAACCGGCAGUCUCGAAAAAAGCUUUGAAGGAACCCCGAAGAUUGCAAAGCCAGAGAAACCCAUCGAUGGAGAGAGACCAGCGGCGACCAAAGCCUCCAGUAUGUUCGGGGGAACAAGAGACAAAUGUGUAGGUUGUAAGGGCACCGUUUACCCGACCGAAAAGGUGACGGUUAAUGGGACUCCAUACCACAAGAGCUGCUUCAAAUGCACCCACGGGGGGUGUGUGAUCAGCCCAUCCAACUACGUCGCGCAUGAGGGGAAACUCUACUGCAGGCACCACCACACUCAGCUCAUCAAGGAGAAGGGCAAUCUCAGCCAACUCGAGGGCGAUCAUGAGAAGGAAACAGUGGCUUCUGAAUCAUAAAACGCCUCGACCUUGCACUACCUUGUUCCUUGAGCUGUCACUAUGCUUCGUGGCCAUCAGAUUUCAGGCCGGUCUUCUUACGCUACUAGAGAUUAUAUGUCUAUCUACUAAAUUCGAGAUGUGUGAGCCUUGAUCGGUUCGAUUUGCCUUCUGUUUUGCGAUUGCGGAUGAUUACUCAGGUUGGUUUUAAGUGUACAAUAAGUGGUGACUGCUUCUUGGCUUGUGAAACCACAGAGCUUGCUUUCUUUCCAGUCUUGUCUAGCAAGUGUGCCUUGCAUCCCCAUUUUUUCCAUUCAUUCAACACACUUUCCUGUGUCCUUGGUGAA